ACAAGAAAGAAAAGGAAGGAGGAAAGGGAAGGAAGGACUCCCCCACCUAUUCACCUCCUCUCCUUUUUCUUUGCCAUCAAUUUGAUUCCACUCUUGCUCUUCUUCUCACAUCCAUUUUUCUUUGAGCAAAUCCUCAGCUCUUCAAUCUCAUCUAUUCUUGUUAAAUUUGUUGCUUCAUUCCUUCAUUGUUUCUGCAUCUUUUUCCUUAUCUGUUUUGCUGUCUUUUUGGAGGUUUGGCACUGGAUAAACAGAGGGACUUUGUUCUGGCUUCUUGCCUUGUGGUCCCUGUCACUGUUCUCUGUUUCUGAGAGCCUUCUUAUACCCAGAAAAGGAUUUUGUGGAUUUUUAAAAGAAGUUUUUUUAAUUUUGCUCUUUAUAUAUAUCUAUAUAUAUAGAUAAAUAUAAAGUUUUUUUUUUAUAUAGUGUGUGGAGUGUUUUUUGUGUUAAUUUUUGCUUGAGGAAUUGAGGGAAGGGAGAAACAUGGGAAAGCAGGGACCUUGCUGCCAUUGUGGAGUCACAAGCACCCCUUUGUGGCGAAAUGGGCCACCUGAAAAACCAGUGUUAUGUAAUGCAUGUGGUUCGAGGUGGAGAACAAAGGGUUCCCUGCUAAACUACACACCAAUGCAUGCUCGUGAACUUAUUCCUGAUUCAGAAGAAUUUAAAGCUGCUAGAGUUAAUAAAAGUGUGUCAUUCAAACCGAAAGAACAGAAGCUGCCUAAGAAGAAAGCUGAUAAUGCUUCAAGUGAAAUUGGUCAUGAAAUGCAAUGUUGUGACCAGAACUUUAAAAAGAUUCGUGAGGAAGAUCCAAGCAACAGAUCAAGCUCUGGAUCAGCCAUUUCAUUUUCAGAAAGUUGUGCACAUUUUGGUACUGCUGAUGCUAGUGAUUUAACAGCUCAAUCCAUUGUGUGGGAUUCACUAGUUCCAUCUAGGAAGAGGACAUGGGUAGCUCGCCCGAAACCCUCACCUGUUGAGAAGCUCACUAAGGACCUUUACUCCAUAUGGCAUGAACAGUCAUUUUGCCUUUCUGCAUCCUCCGAAGAAGAUCUUCUUCUUGAAAAUGAAACUCUCUUCGGCUCCGAUGAGAUUGGACAUGGAGGUUUACUUAUUAGGCAUCCAAAUUCAAAAACUCUGGAUGAGGAAUCAGAGGCGAGCUCAAUUCCAACAGAUAACAAGUCUUGUAUUCACAGUGAGACUUUUUCAGGCUCUACUUCUUUUCCUGUGCAUGGCGAGAGCAGGGUAAUAGGUUCUUCUCAUGCAAAGCCGACAACUCAAAUGUUAUUGGGACAUGCAACUAGGGAUAAAUCAUCUGAUGAAAUGCUACAAUUUAUCAGAAAUAGGGAUUCGCCCUUGAGUUCCUCCAAUCUGAAAGAUGUUUUUAACUUUGAGGUGUUUAUGGCACACUUGACGCAAGAGGAACGGCAGAAGCUGAUGAAGUAUUUACCAUCUGUGGAUACAGCAAAGCCACCUGAGAGCCUUGAGAAGAUGUUUUCUAGUUCACAAUUCAUCGAGAACUUCUCUUACUACCAACAGUUACUUUCGGAAGGAGUUUUCGAUCUCUCUUUGCUGGGAGUGAAGGCUGAUGAGUGUAGAACUUUAAAGAGACUUGUUUUGCUUAAUUUGAAUAAAACCAAAUGGGUAGAAAAUCGUAAAGAACUACAGGAAAUACAACAUAAAACUAGAGGAAAGGAAACAAUAAACACGCCAAGCGUUGUCGCAAAUUCCAGCUUGACUCCCCUCAAAAGGCUCUGUGAUAGUGCUAACCAGAAAUCCCGAGAUACAAAUGGUGUCAUGAGAAGUCCUAAAAGAAUAAGCAAAGCCGGUGUUGUGAAUGUAGCAUCAGCAAAGCCGCCAAAUCGGAACAACAACGAUACAAACUCUAAAGCUGUCUCCUACAUUGAUGAAUUUGUCGAUAAUGAAGUCGAUUGCUUCAGUCCCAGAAGCCUUUUUGCAUCUCCUUCCACCCCUAUACAGUUUUCGGCCAUAAGCUCUGAACAGGAUUUAUUAUUCGACGUGCCGAGCAAUGGACCAACCCCGGAAGCGGAACUUCUCUACCAUCCCUGGAAAAUGAAAACGACGAUGAAUGGCAUUGCCGAAGGAGAAGACAACCUCUCAAACUUCCCAGCUUCGAGUAUCAUCAGUGGCCAGAAGCGAUGAUGCAUCUGUAGUUAUUGUUGGGUCUUCUUCCAUGUGCAACACUGGGAAUUCAGUGAUGCUGUUUCACUGUUUCAGUUGAGUUGAACUGAACCAAUUGGGAGUGUUCAGCACUGUGGUUUCAGUUGAUGUUUUUGUUUUUGUUUUUUUGUUUUGGUUUAAGAAAAAUCUUUGAAUCAGUUUGAAUUGGAUGUAAUUUGGUCCUUA